AUAGGCGGCGCCCAGGGUCACGUGAAAGGGGCGCUCAUGGCCGAGGGGGUUGGAAGCAGUAGCUGAGGGAGAAAGGAAGAGAAGGGACGGGAGGGGAAGGGAGGAAGGGGUCACCGGGCAGCUGAAGGGAGAAGGAGGAGAGGGAGCAGCUCCGAGGGGAAGCGGGCUCCAAGCCAUGUCCAUGGAGGACCCCUUCUUCGUGGUGAAAGGGGAAGUUCAAAAGGCAGUGAAUACUGCCCAGGGGCUCUUCCAGAGAUGGACGGAGCUCCUGCAAGAUCCAUCUACAGCUACAAGAGAAGAAAUUGACUGGACCACCAAUGAGCUAAGGAACAAUCUAAGGAGCAUUGAGUGGGAUCUUGAGGACUUAGAUGAAACUAUUAGCAUUGUUGAAGCUAAUCCUCGGAAGUUCAACCUCGAUGCAACGGAACUGGGUGUAAGAAAAGCCUUCAUCACAAGCACUCGGCAGGUGGUUAGGGAUAUGAAGGACCAGAUGUCAAAUACGUCUGUUCAAGCUCUGGCUGAAAGGAAGAACAGGCAGGUCCUUCUGGGAGAAAGUGGAACUCAUGGCUGGAGUUCUGGAGCUGACAAAUAUAGUCGUUUGGAUCGUGAAAUGCAGUCUGUGAAUUCAAACUUCAUUGAGGAUCAGCAGGUUCAGCAACAGUUAAUCAUAGAACAGCAGGACGAACAGUUGGAGCUGGUCUCCGGCAGCAUUGGGGUGUUAAAGAACAUGUCCCAGCGCAUUGGAGGGGAGCUAGAUGAACAAGCAGUCAUGUUGGAUGAUUUUGCUCAUGAGAUGGACAGCACUCAGUCACGACUAGAUAACGUUAUGAAGAAGCUUGCAAAAGUGUCCCACAUGACCAGUGAUCGGCGACAGUGGUGUGCAAUUAUCAUUCUCUUUGCUGUCCUGAUGGUGGUGAUUAUCUUGUAUUUUGUGCUGUGACAAAGUGGAACUUGGGCGCUGUUCCUUUCUCCCUUUUCAAUGGACUCCCAGACAAUCCUCCGAUCCAACAGAGGGAAUUCCCAUUAUGAGAACUGUGUUUUGGGAGCAGGAGACUGUGCUCCUCUGUGGAUGGACACCAGUGUCAUUACUGUCUGAACCUCGUGGCUCUUCUGCUCAUCAUCAUGAUCAACUUGCUGAGGAAAUAAUGGUAAACAAAGAAAUGCCCAAAUUCUACUGUCUGUUGCAGGAAGCACUUCCUGCAAAUUGGAAGGGGAAGAGCAAUUCCCAUCCUGCUGCAGGUGUGAAUGGUUUUCAGGAAGUACUUCAGAUGCCUUUCUUCUGCUUGUAAAAACAGGACUCCUGGCAGUGUUUUAAAAGGCACAUUUAACAGCGCUCUAUUGACCAGAGGAUUCUCUUCAUAAGGCAGCUUACAGCACUGCCUUGCAAAGAACUAUGGAGCCAGAUGGGUCUGCAAAAGCAGUCACUAAUUCACACUGGUUUGUGCUGCCAGUCUAUGAAAGGUAAAUGUAGCCCCCCUCCCACCCCCCAUGUUAAAUAACGGCACAGAGGAAUACACCUUAGGGCAUUUCUGAAGACAAACAAAAC